GGCUCGAGCUUCACUUAUAAUCCUCCACGCGCUACCCGUCUCCCAAUAGGCCCCGCCGCUCCAAGGCAACCCCAGCGCGCGCACUGCUCCGUGGAUUAAAACCCAUUUAUCCCAUGUUUUUACAAUAUCUAUUUAUAAUCUUUCGAGGUCUGCUUUUUAUUGCCAAACGACCGUCCACGGCUGGCGCCCCUUUCGUCCUCAAAUGUUGGGAGACAAAGCGCAAGGUGUUACACUGAAGGUUAUGGAAUACACGUAUGACGAAGACCUGGAAGAGCUGUGUCCCGUGUGCGGAGAUAAAGUAUCGGGAUACCACUAUGGGCUCCUGACCUGUGAGAGCUGCAAGGGCUUCUUCAAGCGCACUGUGCAGAACAACAAGCGGUACACCUGCGCUGAGAACCAGGAGUGUAAAAUAGACAAGACGCAGCGCAAGAGGUGUCCGUUCUGCCGCUUCCAGAAAUGCCUCAGUGUUGGAAUGAGAUUAGAAGCUGUACGUGCGGACCGUAUGCGCGGGGGCCGUAACAAGUUCGGGCCCAUGUACAAGCGGGACCGGGCCCUCAAGCAGCAGAAGAAAGCUCUGAUCCGCUCCAGCGGCUUCAAGCUGGAGACCUCAGCGCUCCCUUCGAACUCCCCCCUCCAGACUGACUUUACCAGCUUCAGCGGGGCCCUGCACCCCGGGGCCCCCUUGCCGAAGGGCCUGCUGCCCUCGACCCCCGCCCCCAUCACCUCCACGGACUACGACGGCUCCCUCUACGCCCCUCCCUCGCUGGCCAUGACCAUGCAGCCCCACAUGCCGCUGCCCGCCCCCUACCACCAGUACACCGCCUUCCCCGGCCGGCCCAUCAAGGCCGAGUGUCCCGACUACACCAGCUCCCCUGAGUCGCUGGCGGGGUACCCCUUCACCGACCUGUACUCCUCGUCAGGGGCCUCCCCCCAGCUGCCCGGCCUGCCCCCCCUGGUGCUUGAGCUGCUCCGCUGCGACCCGGAUGAGACGGUGGUGCAGAGCAAGAUCCUCGCCCACCUGCAGCAGGAGCAGGGCCCCUCGGGGGCCCCCAGGGGCCGCCAGGACAAGGGCCCGAGCACCUUCAGCAUGAUGUGCCGCAUGGCGGACCAGACGCUCUUCUCCAUCGUGGAGUGGGCCAGGAGCUGCAUCUUCUUCAAGGAGCUGAGGGUGGGAGACCAGAUGAAGCUUCUUCAUAACUGCUGGUCGGAGCUGCUGGUGCUCGACCACAUCUACAGACAAGUGCAUCAUGGGAAGGAGGACAGCCUGCUACUGGUCACCGGAGAGGAAGUGGAGCUGUCGUGCAUCGUGUCCCAGGCGGACGGCACCCUGUCGAGCCUCGUCCAGCGUAGCCAGGAGCUGGCGGCCAGGCUGAUGGCCCUGCAGGUGGACCGGAGGGAGGCGGCAUGCCUCAAGUUCCUGCUCCUCUUCAACCCAAACGUGAAGCUGCUGGAGAACCAGGCCUUCGUGGAGGGCGUCCAGGAGCAGGUGAACGGGGCCUUGCUGGAGUACACCCUGUCCGCCUACCCCCAGUUCCAGGAGAAGUUUGGCCAGCUGGUCCUGCGGCUGCCUGAGCUACGUGCGCUGAGCGCGGGGGCAGAGGACUACCUGUGCUACAUGCACCUCAGCGGGGAGGUGCCCUGUAACAACCUGCUCAUCGAGAUGCUCCACGCCAAGCAGGCCUGCGCGUGA